UUUCUAGUUUCUAUGCCCAGGUCUGCCUGGUUUAGGUUCCCUGCUCGUAAAGGAGGAGCCUUCCUCGUUUCUCUAUCCAGCCUCGACUCCGUGCCUUCACCAUCCAUGCGCCUCUGUGCUGGUUGAGUUUAUCACGUUUAGGAAUCCUGUUCCGGGCUCCGUCUCAUGCCCGUGACACGGACUUCCCUCGCAAGAUAGGCUCGCCGUCGUCUUGCAUGUCCGCAGGUCACUAGACUCCCCUCCCAGUUUAAACGCCACCAACAGCUUCGCCGUGGAAACUCUUCGGAACUGACCGACCUCUACCUAAUCUCCCUAUCUUCUUGCCUUUGCUUCCAUCUGUACUCCCGACGGAGCUUUACCGACACCAUGGCCUUCACAUCGCGAGUCGGGCUGAUCACAACAACAGUCAUCGCAGCCCUCAGUAGCGGUAUCGGUGCGUCGGCGGCUGACAGUCUGACCUCUGCCUCCAGUACCUUCGCAACACCAUCGCCAUCUCCAUCGCCGACUAUGCAAACGGUUCCUUUCUUUUUGGCCGGUCCAGAGACUGGGGAUGGCGAGGAUACCGGGGAAUGCAGGCUUCUAGGGCCCUUUUCGCUUCUCGUCCAGGCCGCACUCGGGGCAUUGGCGCUGCUGUCAUUAGUCUACAAGCGCUGGAGAGAACGACCUCAGCGACCAUUGAAGGUGUGGGCGUUUGACGUCUCGAAACAAGUCUUCGGGUCUGCGAUGUUGCAUCUGGCGAACCUACUCAUGUCAAUGUUCUCGGCGGGCCAGCUGGAAAUCCGAAGCGAGUAUAAGCCGAACCCAUGUUCGUUCUACAUCCUGAACCUGGGAAUCGAUACUACCCUGGGCAUCCCUAUCCUCAUUUUCAUUCUGCACCUCCUCAACCGCCUAGCCUCGUAUACUCCGCUUGCAGACCCUCCAGAGUCUAUUGAGUCUGGGAACUACGGUCGUCCACCUCGCGCCUCGUGGUGGUUCAAACAGUCCAUAAUCUACUUCAUGGGGCUGUUAGGGAUGAAGAUCUGUGUCUUCUUCCUCAUCCAGCUGCUGCCGUUCAUCGUCAAGGUGGGAGAUUGGGCUCUCCGAUGGACCGAGGGCAACACGGCUGUGCAGAUCAUCUUCGUGAUGCUACUGUUCCCUGUCAUCAUGAAUGCGAUCCAAUAUUACAUCAUUGACACGUUCAUCAAGAAGCCGUUGUUGCAGGAUACCCUCGAGUCUGGGCCAGAAGGUGAGGACUACAGUCACGAGCAUCGCCAUGCCCUGCUGGCGGGUCUGGACGACGAGUCCUUCGAGUCGGACGAAGACUCCGUAGGAAAGGAUGAUGGGGCGGCCUUGGAUAACCCGGAUCAGGGCAAGGAAGAUCUAGUCCGGUUUGAGUCUGCCGAAUACAAUCCGGCGGUUCACGGUGAACGCAGCUCUGCCUCAUCCGCGUCGGCAUCAGCCAGGUCGGGCAGCAGCCAUGGCGAAUAUGGCCAGCUAUCAUCGUCCACCAAGCUUGCGUCUCGCGAGAGGGACUGACAUGACACUCCACUCACGUACUUUCAUGUGGCGUUUGGUGAUUUCACGGUUGUUUGUUUGCUUUAUGGCAGUAGGGCUUGUUAUGCAUCUAUGGGUUGGACUGAAGGGCGUGUACAUGAGGUUAGAUUUUUAAGUUGCUAUUGUCUUAAUUGCCUGCCUUUCGCGAGUUCGUCCACGAGACAUAAUACAGACAAG